AUGAAGCGGUUGUAUCAGAUAAAAGGGAUGGGAGAUUUGGAGGUCACAUCAGGUGGCACCAUAAUCAAGCUUGCUGACUCGUUACAAUCGCUUCAGCGGGUCUGCUGUGUUGUCUGCGGUUUACUACCCCCCCCUUUGUACAAUCAAUGCAAAGUUCAGGGUUGGAAUAUCCUCUGUAUUACCACUUUGCAUGGGUGCAUCGGAUGCUACCUUCAAAAGACUGGAAUCUUACCAAUUCCUCAUUUCAGAAGCGCAUGUUAUCAAGAGGUUGAACAACAACGGAUCUGCAGCACCCUCCUAGAGGGUACUUGA